AUGCAGCGUUCAGACGACGAGACUCGACCUCUCCUCGGCACCACCCAACAUGAAGCUGCCAACCUCUCCUCCUCUCCGCCAACGCCACCUAAACCAGACCGAUCUCUGAUCCGCUUUCUUCGAGGAUUCCAACAGCAAUGGCCCAUCCUACGCAUUCUCGCCGUAGCCCUGGUGUACGGUGCAGGCUUCUAUGGCGCAGCUCCCUCCUACCUAGAUGGUCUUCGAGGCUUCACCUGCUCAUACCACUACUCCACACACCCCGACUUACUCCCCUCCGACCCGCACGCACCACUCCCACGAGAUAGAGAUAGACCAUGCGCAGUCGCUGGCGUAGAAAGCAAAGUCGGCAUCAUAGUGGCUGUAGCUACCAUGCUCAGCUUUGUUGUGUCGAGUGCCAGCAUGCUCUUCUACGGACCCAAGCUGUCAAAGUGGGGUAGGAAACCGCUGUUGAUCAUCUCGCUAUUCUCCAACAUGAUCAACUAUAUUCCUUUUGCGCUCCUCCCGUUGGGUUACCCGCUCGGGCCAGUACCGAGUGAGUUAGCGAUCCCGCCAGCUGUCUCGCUGGCUUUGAUCCUGUUUUGCAGCUUCUUGGCUGGGUUGACGGGUUUUACAGCGCUAGUGUUGUGCGUGUUGCGGGCGAUGAUUGUCGAUGUUGCUCCACCUACUCGUCGAACAUUGGCGCUGAAUUGGCUAGUCACGGCGACACUCUGCGGUGCUUUCUUGGGACCAUUACUGGCUGCAUGGGCACUAGAUACCUCCGUCAGAGCUCGUACUAGUGUUGCGUUCGAAGCCCUCUUCCAACCUAGCAUCGGCAUCUUAGAGUUGCCUUCGGAUCCAAUGACUCCUCCACCUAUACCAGGCACACCACAAGCUCCUUCCAAACACGGCAAUCCAGCAGCUUUAGUCGCUUGCUGUCGGCUCUUCUCCCUGGCCAUCAUCUGGACGUUGCUCCUCGUACCUGAGACUAAACCAACUACCAUCGCCCCCACCAAUCCAGUAGAUGCAAACAUGGAGGCGGCAGCCCAAAGUGGGAUCUCCUUCGCCGGUACCGAUUUCAGCAGCACCACUCUCAUCUCUUCCUCUAUCUCCCCAGCUAGACUUCGAGCGGGCAAAGUGUUGGGUCCCCUAUCAAUCUACCUCCCGCAAGUAGCGAGGGAUGGAAGCAAAGAUUAUCGGCUCACCUGGUUAGCGCUUGCUGGAGCAUUUGCAAAUGUGGGAACUAGUGCGCUAUCCUAUGUUGCAGUGUUUGCUGGUUAUAGGUUUGAUUUCACUCCGGAUGCGAUCGGGUUGUUGUUGGGGUUGAUUGGGGCUAGUAGAGCGGCGUGGUUGAUUUUUGCUAUUCCACUGCUGGUGGUGCUGUUGGAGAGGACAAUUAGGAAGCCAGUUGAGAUUGUCGGGUUGUCGGUGGACGAGUUGGAAACCUUGGCGAAGGCGGGAUUGAAAGAUCCUGAUCUCACACAACCGAAUUCCACCCGAGAUGGCGAACUGGGCGAUCGCGGAAUAGCUCAACCACCCGAAACCAGCCAUGAUCAAGGAUCAGAAGCAGAAACAAUAGGAACAAAAGACACGAUCCGAGCAGCAGUACUCUGGAGAGUAUCGAUCGACAUAGCGAUCGCCAAACUCUCCUAUUUCGCCGACAUUAUCGGCUACCUCGUCGUAUUUCUCUCGGCCAGCUUCUCAAAUGCAGCAACUAUGAUCUUUGGCACCUUGUUUCUGUCGUUCGGAGCAGGCGCAGGUCCUGCAGUUGCCUCUGCUGCCAUCGCUAUCAUUCAGGAUCUCAAGAGACAAGAAUAUCCAACUCUGCAUUCGAGCCUGCAUCCAAAUCCAACAGAUGACUGGUUAGCAGCAUUGUCGAUAUCGGAUAACGUCGUGAAUGGGUUCAGUCCGAUCUUGAUUAGUGUAGUGUAUAGUUUGACGAUCGAAACAGGAUUGCCAAGUGCUUGUUUUUUGAUCCCGACAGUGGGGUAUAUACUUUCGUUGGGGUUGUUGGUUAUGGUCAAGACUCGAGAUCUGCCCAGUGUGGGAGACUCGCAACGAGUGGAGAGAUCUGAGGCAGAAUCGCACCAAGUAGAUGCAGAUCAGAUCCCACCUGUACCUUCAGCUCAGUAG